CCCAUCCCAGCUCCAGCAUGAGGCAUGGCGGCUACAAAUCUAACCGAAGUAGUCCUUCUGGCCUGCGGGUCGUUCAACCCCAUCACCAACAUGCACCUGAGGAUGUUUGAGCUGGCUCGUGAUCAUCUGGAGGACACAGGUCACUACACUGUGGUGAAAGGAAUAAUAUCGCCGGUGGGGGAUGCCUAUAAGAAGAAGGGUUUAAUUGAGGUUGAUCACCGCCUGGAGAUGGCCAGUUUGGCAGCUGACACUUCAGACUGGAUUACUGUAGAUCCCUGGGAAAGCUUGCAGCCGGAGUGGGUGGAGACGGCUAAAGUUGUUCGGCAUCACUAUGAGGAGCUGCUUGCAUCAGAACAGAACAAGGAUGCUGUGGAUUCGGUUAAGUACGCCAAAAAGCGCCGCAUUGAGGACGAUUACUUUGGAAGUGCAUCGCAUACGAAAAGGAGAGGGGGUUCCCAGCUGAUGUUGCUGUGUGGGGCUGAUGUACUGGAGUCCUUCUCUGUGCCCAAUCUGUGGAAGCAGGAGGACAUCGUUGAGAUUGUGGGCCGCUAUGGUUUGGUCUGCAUCACCCGCAGCGGCAAUGACCCCCACAAGUUUAUCCACCAGUCGGACGUGCUGUGGAAGUAUCGCAAGAACAUCCACGUGGUGCAUGAGUGGGUGACCAACGAGAUCUCAGCCACUCAUGUGCGUCGGGCACUUCGUCGAGGUCAGAGCGUGCGGUACCUUCUACCCGACGCCGUGCUUUGCUACAUCAAAGAGCACAACCUGUACAACGCCGAGAGCGAGCAGAAAAAUGCUGAUGUGGUUCUAGCGCCUCUUCAGAAAUUUACCGGUGCCUCCUCAAGUUGAGGUUUACUGCUUUGGUUUGCGGAAUUUGAACAAAUGAGACAUUUUAUUAAGCUUUGACGAGUGCCUACACUAGACUGUAGUAUUUUCUAAUGCCUUUUAUAGCAAAUAAACCUAUUCCUGUUGUCAAAUUAGCAUGUGUAACUGUCUGUGUGGACAAAUGUAGGUUAAAUUUACCGUUGCUGUGAAGACACAUGCAUAUAUAGUAUAGUGAGGGCAUUUUAGCUAGUCUGCACACCUUUAGAGAGCAUUUAUGGAAUGCAAAAGGCAAUGCAGCAGUUCAAUUGGCCUUAAGGAUCAGUCAACUCUAAUUAACUCACAAAAUAUGAAACUGCCUGUAUACAUUAUAUGGUUUUAUGAUAACGAUUUGAUGACUAAUUUGUACCAGCUCUUUCCCACGAACCGUCUCAGCUCAUCACUAGGAGACCAGGACUUUUAUAUGCAAUGCCAAAACUUAAAAAAAGGAGAAAUGUGAUUUAAAUGCGUUUACUUCAUGAAAGUGUGAUUUGUAUUUGUAGCUUGAAAUAAAUAGUACUUUGGUUUGUAGCUUG